AGUAAGAUGGCCAAAGAUGCAAUGACAAAAAAUGUACCCAGCGAUGUACUGAUUCCCUCAGCCAAAUCCAUUUUCAAUCGAUACUCUCUUCGAGUUUAGCGUGCUUGGUGUCAGGCUUCUAUUGACUUUGUUUACCAAAAUCAACAAGUAUGAGUUGGAUGAAUUUGUUUGGAAGUUCGUCACCGAACCCGACAAGCAACGAACUCCCAGCGCCCACCGCCUUGCAGCAACAAAGAUCUAAACAGAUCGAAACGUUGAGAAUCUUUCAUCACAGUGUCACAGAAGUCCAGAGAGAUGUGGAGUAUAGGGUCACCUUUACAGUAGGAUCAUCAACACUAUUCCUGAAUGUAACUUUACCACCACAAUUUCCUCAGGAAAAGCCUGUAGUCAAAGUGUCGCCGCCUGUUAUUCACCCAUGGGUUAAUGACCAGAUGAUUGUAGUUGGCUGCCAGGCAAUCAAUUCUUUUUACAUGCACUCAAGUUUGGGAAAAGCCGUGCAAGAGGUUGUGAGGGAGCUCUGUGAUCAUCCUCCACAGAUUGUAAAUAAACCUUCUGCAAAUCCAUCAUCUAGCUUACCAGGUUUUCAGCCGAUUUCCUCAAACAGUUUCCCAGGCUACCAGCCUCUUGUCACUCCAUUCAGCUCAUCCCAAUUUGGGAUUUCAAACUCUACGCAUGGCUUAUUUCCAUCAUCAUCGUCCUCUUCAUCUGAAUCACAAACAGCAUCACUUAUCACCACAUCUGAGGUUGAUUCUCCCUCUCGAAAGAAUACUCCUGCUGUUGCUAUUGAAUCAAAAGAAUUUCCAGAAUUGAAUGGUUUGAGUUUAGAGGAGUUAAAAAAUUUAAAUGACAGCACAGACUUAUUAGAAGAAUUUCAACAGAACUUGGAAUCAGUUAAGAAACUCCAAGAAGAACAAGAAAACUUAAUGUUACAGAAUGAAGAAAUAGCAAGAUAUAAUCUAUCGUUACAACCUAAGCUUGAAGCUUGUAAGGAUGCUAUUAUUAGAAAUUAUGAGCUAUUGAAUGAAAAGCAGCAAGAAUUUGUCAAGAAGAAUCAAGUGCAGAAGGACCUUAUAACGGCUUAUUCCCUGGCUAACAUUCACACCAACCUUGAAGUAGCAGCUUCGCAAGCGGAACUGGAGUCUGAUGAAAUUGCAGAUGAAUUCCUCGAUGGCAAGCUUAAAGUUGAAGAUUUUAUCUCAAAGUUUAUUGACAAGAGAAAGACUGGGCAUUUAAGACGAGCAAAAGAGGAGAAAUUGAGGAACGUACACACAAGAUUCUGAUCUCCCCACUUAAUUCAAACAAGGUACCGAGGUUAGCCAGGUUAAUAUAGUCCUAGGGAAAGUCGAUGACGGGAUAACACACGCCCCAGCCUCUCGAUAAUCAUACGACGUAAUAUUGAUGACGACCAAAAGCUAGCUGAACGACCACCCGAUUUAAGAUCGAUGACUACCCGAGGCUUGCUCGAUGAUCAUGGGCUUGUUCGAUGUUUACCCGACGUAAGAUCGAUGACGACCCGAGGCUUGCUCGAUGAUCAGCCUACGUAAGGUCGAUGAUGUGCCGAGGCUAGCUUGAUGACUAUAUCGAUAUUCAUCCGAGUUAUGCUGAAUGCUGGUCCGACCUGACUGGAUUUUUAAUGCAAAAUAUUAAAAACUAAUAAACAAUCUAUAAAUUAAGAUAGCGGUCCAAGAAGAUGUUAUUCUGACACCAGAAAGUGAUAGUAGAAAGUUUUUAAAAUUUGAAAUGCUGAUGUUAAUAAGCAUAUUAAAAAUAAACAAAUAAACAGGAAAGACUACACAGUGUACACAACUUUGUUGAUUGUGGCUUUUGGAUGGAAAAUUUAUAAGUAUAUUUAUUGUGUGCUCCUAUUUGCGCUUGCGCACACAAUGUGAACUGUCUAUAUAGCUAUUGCUACUGUAUACACAUAUCAAAUAAAGAUUCAUUUUUAAAUCAAAA